AUGUCUCCGUCUUCAACCACCACUUGCACUUCCCUUCUUCACGAGUUGCAGAUAAUAUGGGAUGAGAUUGGUGAAAGUUACGACGAGAGAGAUAAGAUGCUGCUAGAUCUUGAGCAGGAAUGUCUGGAUAUAUACAACAAAAAGGUCGAGAAAACUCGUAAGUACAGAGCCGAGUUACAGCGAUCGUUAGCUCAAGCGGAAGCUGAAAUUGCUAGCCUCAUGUCUGCACUUGGUGAACAAGUUUCGUUUUCAAGGAAAGAAGGCUCUUUGAAAGAGCAGAUAUCUAGUGUAAAGCCUGUGUUGGAAGAUUUGAUGAUGAAAAAGGAACAAAGAGUGAAAGAUCUCUCUGAGACACUUACACAAAUAGAAGAGAUCUCUUCUAACAUAGCCGGGAAUGAUUAUCCGGUUAGCUCUGGUCCAGAAAUUGAUGAAAGUGACUUGACACAAAGAAAGUUGGAUGAACUUAGAGCACAUCUGAAGGAUCUUCGCAAUGAGAAGGCUGUUCGAUUGCAGAAAGUGAACUCUUUUAUCAAUGCUGUCCAUGAGUUAUCAGAGAUAAUGUCAUUUGAUUUCUCUAAGGCCUUGAGUAAUGUCCAUAGAAGCUUGACCGAGUUUUCAAAGACUCAUUCCAAAAGCAUUAGUAAUGAUACCCUUGCUAGAUUAACAGAACUUGUAGCGUCUCUGAAGGAAGAGAAACAUGAGAGACUGCUUAAGUUACAAGGUUUGGGAAGAACUAUGCAAGAGCUGUGGAGCCUAAUGGAAACACCUAUGGAUGAGAGGAGUAGAUUUGGCCAUGUCAGUAGUUUACUUCUUGUUCCAGCUGACGAUAUCAAGAAAAAAGGAUGCCUUGGUCUGGACAUUCUCUGGGAGGCUGAAGAUGAAGUGAAAAGAUUGAAUGCCCUCAAGUCCAGAAAAAUGAAGGAGUUGGUGCUAAAAAGACAGUGUGAGCUAGAAGAAAUUUGCAGAGAAGUUCAUAUGGAUGUAGAUAGCAAUGCUGCAAGACAGAGUCUGGUCGACCUCAUUGAUUCUGGUGAUGGUGAUCUGUCUGAUAUUCUUGCAAGGAUAGAUGUUCAGAUCGAGAAGGCAAAAGAGGAAGCUUUAAGCAGAAAGGAAAUUUUGGACAAAGUUGAUAAGUGGAGGCACGCAAAGGAGGAAGAAAAAUGGCUUGAUGACUAUGAAAAGGAUGAAAAUCGCUUCAGUGCUGUAAGAGGAGCGCACAAAAAUUUGAAACGAGCAGAGAAAGCUAGGAGCCUUAUCAGCAAAAUUCCUGUGAUGAUCGAUGUUUUGAUCACCAAAGUGAAAGCCUGGGAAAAAGAACGAGGAGUCCCCUUCUUAUGUGAUAAGCACCCGUUGUUACAAACACUGGAAGAAGACAUUGUGAUACGUGCUCAAAGAGAAGAGGAAAAGCGCCAAUUCCGAGAGCAGAAACGACUACAAGGUGUUCUUGCUACAGAGAAAGAAGCAAAUUACGGUUCAAAGUCUGCAAAGAAGAAGCCACUGGGACAGAGUCUUAACUCAGACAAUGUGACUAAAACUCCAAUUGGUCGACGGAUUGGAAGUACGCCCGGACGUUCUGCUAUUUCUGGUGGCAAAGACUAUAGAGAAAGCGGAAGAGGCAACACCGCAAUACCGUUGAACUAUGUUGCUCUUCAGAAAGAAGAUUGA